UGUGUUUCAGACAGCAGCAGCUACAGCAAAGUGAUCAUGUGUGACGUUGUGGACAGAUUGUGGAGAGACACAGUUAAGAUCCGCGUGGUCACUUCUGGUCAAACCUUUGGAGCUCAUGGCGAGCUGCUGAACCAGCUGGGGAGGAAGUUAAAGCUGCUUCAGACGGACCGGGACAGAAGCAGCAUCACCAUGCUCUUCUGUCCAAUCACCUGUCGAGUCGGGUCUGACGUGGAAGCAGCCAUGAGCUCGCUGUCAGGAGAUCAACCCGCGAUUCUGGUCCUGAUGCACCACACCAGAGAUCCCAGUUACUCCACGGCCGGGACGGACUGGGCGGACGUCUAUCCCAACGUCGUCUCCAGCGUUCAUGUUCUCUUCCAUGAGAGCGUGCCGGGAUUACUGACAUGUUCCCAAAACAACAUGGCGGCGGACCAGAUGCUGAGAGUGUUGAGUUCUUACAGCAGUAGUUGCUGGAGAGAAAGUUCUUUAUGGGAUGUGAGGAGGGUUGUAUUAAUCUCCUUAGGAAACUUGAUCAGGUAUCAUGAGAUUUUUAUGAGCGUUGGUUGUCUUUUCCUUCAGAUCAGUUUGCGCAGACACACAUCACGUUUUUAUCUAUGUGCUGCGUUUCAUUUACCAUGGAAGCUGUAAAUGACAUCACACUUGAGUUAACGUGGUUGGAGAAGUCGAGACUGCAACAUGGCAACGCCCAAGUUUUACAGCCAAGUAAGGUUAGGUAAUAGUCUUAAACAGAAAACAUUAAACAUUAGACUAUGACACCCUUAAUAUAAAUUAGCAUAAAAUCUACCUGGUAACAUGUGCAGGUGUCUGACUGAUUUCUGUACAAUGUCUUUAUAAUGACCUGGAGGAAUGAAAGUACAGAAAAAUGUUACUUUUAUUUGCAUUUGCACCUGAGAUUGAUCGCAUUACUGCGGAAAAGGGACACGCUAAAGGCAGCUUCGUAAACUGCUGCACAGCUCACUUUGAUAGGAGCUUAGAAAAGUAUCAGUAAAACGGUAAAUACCUUCACCAGCUAUGGAUGGUUUCAACAGCAGGAAGUGGUAGAAGGCCGUGACUCCUAGGAUUAUUUGAGGUCCACUUAUAAAGUUUAAACCAUUUGAACUGUUGUAAAUUAAGUAAUUUUCCAGGCUUGACAUUUGCUUUUUAAAAUGGUCUCUUAUGUUUUUCGGCAUGUGGAAUUUUUUUAGUUAGUAUUUGUUUUGAGACUGUUUGUCAAACAGAUGAACUUGGCAUCACCUGUGAGACCAAAUACAUAAUUACAAUAUUACAUCUCUAUGAAUAAUCUUUGGAUUUGUGGGAGGCUAAACUAAUGAAUGAACAGAUUGUCACAUAUUUUGUUGUUAGUCAGUUUCUUUUAUUUUCUGUUCAUAUUCUUGCAAGACUGAAUAAAGAUUUAUUCCAGUGAAAAUCACCAAUCUAUGUUUGGUAACUAAGAGUGACAGUUAUUUAGGAGACGAUACCUUUAUUCCUUUUUAUUGAAUUUUCUUCAUUUUUGACGGGUUUGAUCUGCGCCUGGAUGGAUCAAUAACAGACCCUGCUGCGCUAAACUGCUUCUGCGUUACAGUCUUUUGAAACUUCAGCCCCGGCUCAGCCAAUUAAAGGACCCCCUGUGGUGCUGAGUCCUUAAUUAU